GCGCGUGAGGUGUCAGUUCUGCGCGCGAUCUCCUCCCUGAAGGUGUCAACCCGCUUCGCGAUCCGCUCCAACGUGCUUGUCAAGCGAUCACGCACGAUCGGACGCACGCACUUUCUAUCUCUCUUUCUCUGUCUCUCUCUUGUUUUUUUCUCUGCUAAUCUCUUCUGCCUACGCCUGGUAAUUCCUCUUCUUCCAGCGCGGUUGACCCUCUCGCGUCCGUCUAUCUUUCCUCUCGUUUCCCCGCGGUUCGACGACCAUCCUCUGUGAAAAACGAGCGUCUCAGUGAAAAAGUUCGGCGGGGAGCGCCUUUUCUCUCCUGGGCACGGUCAGGGGGAACCGUCUCGCUUGGGUCUAGCACGUGACACGCUUCAGCUGGCGACGACUAUCAUGCUGGCCGGGAUCUUCGAGGGCAACAAUGAGGAGGCUGAAUCGACGUAACGCUCCACGCCAGGAUGGCCGGUUGGCCGUUCAGCACCGCGCUGCUGUUCAGCAUCCUCAUCCUUGUUCGCGGACGAGGAGUGGUGCUGGACAGCCAAGGGCCGGUGCUGGUCUCGGAGCCGCGCUCGAACGUGGAGUUCUCCAACGACACUGGGGCGAUGAUCCAUUGCUCGGCCCACGGCAGCCCCGCGCCGAGAAUCGACUGGCUGAUGGGCGACGGCUCGCCGGUUUUGCCGAUCCCGCACAUCCGUGAGAUGCUGGUGAACGGCUCCAUGUACUUUCUGCCGUUCGGCGCCGAGAGCUACCGGCACGAUGUGCAUUCGGCCGUCUAUCGGUGCCAGGCAUCGAACAGCGUCGGCAAGGUGCUCGGCCGUGAAAUCACGGUGAAGGCCGUGGUACGUCAGAAGUACGAGGUGCAAGUGCGGGACACCUACGUCCUGGCGGGUAACACCGCGGUACUUAAGUGCGAGAUACCAGCAUUCGUCAAGGAGUACGUUGCGGUGACGUCUUGGUUCCAGGACUCAGCCUUUAACAUUUACCCGACCGCGGAGAGCGGCGGGAAGUACCACAUGCUGCCCACCGGAGAGCUGCUCGUCUUCUCGGUGACUUCCGCCGAUUCCCACUCGAACUACCGGUGCCGUACCGUGCACCACGUCACCGGUGAUACCGUGGAAAGUUCCUCGCAAGCCAGGCUUGUGGUUACCGAGCACCGCAGUCCAUCGCCACCGCGAUUUUACGAGCGGAUGAGUCCGGGUCCGAUUUCUCGCACCGGCGAGACGAUCGUGUUGUCGUGCAUCUCGCAGGGUAUCCCACCCCCGACUUACCUCUGGUUCCGUGAGUCUGUCUCGGGUACGACGGCGAUCACCAAGUCGGAGCGGAUACACGCGCGUGCCGGCGUGCUGGUACUGCAAUCGGCGCGGGUUGAGGACGCCGGUAGAUACGUCUGCCACGCGAACAACACCGCUGGUUCCGAGCGAGUGGAACUGGAAGUCACCAUCAUAAGUAGCCUCUCCAUCCAUCUGGCGCCUCAACAGGUGACCGUGGACCUGGGAAAAGACGCCGAGUUUCAGUGCUCCGUCACCGGUCAGCCACAUCCGGUCAUCUCGUGGGCGAAGGACGGUCUUCCUGUGCGGGAGGGAUCCUCGGGCAGGAGCAAAAUUACGGGUAACGACGGCUCGACGCUCCGCAUAUCUUCCAUCGUGCGGGACGACAAAGGGAUGUACCAAUGCUUCGCCAAAAACGACUACGAGAUGGUGCAGGCCACGGCCGAAUUGCGCCUCGGAGACGCGGCGCCACAACUUCUCUACAAGUUCAUCGAGCAGACGAUGCAGCCUGGCCCCUCGGUGUCACUCAAGUGCAUCGCGAUGGGCAACCCUACGCCGCACUUCUCCUGGACGCUGGACGGGUUUCCGCUUCCGCAGAACGACAGAUUCAUGAUAGGCCAGUACGUGACGGUACACGGGGACGUGAUAUCUCAUGUGAACAUAAGCGCAGUGCGGGUGGAGGACGGUGGCGAGUACAGGUGUUCAGCGGUGAAUCGGGUCGCCAAAGCGCAUCACGCAGCUCGGCUCAAUAUUUACGGGGUGCCUCAUGUGCGAACGAUGGGCAACUACGCAGCCGUGGCUGGCGAGACGACGGUCAUCAAGUGUCCCGCUGCGGGUUUCCCGAUCGCCAGCAUCACUUGGGAGAAAGAUGGUCAAAUUUUGCCGACCAGUCGACGUCAGGAGGUGUCCACGAAUGGUACACUGGUGCUGCAUCGGGUCGAUAGCAGCACUGAUCGUGGCGCAUACACGUGCACCGCCAAGAGCAAGCAAGGUCGCUCCGAUUCGCAGACCAUUCACAUAGAAGUAAAAGUUCCGCCCACGAUAGCUCCCUUUAGCUUUAAGAAGGACCUGUCGGAGGGCCUGCGAGCCCAGGUGACCUGCAUGGUCGAGAAGGGCGAUCCGCCGUUCACGAUCAUCUGGUCGAAGGACGGGGAACCGAUUUCCGCCCCCGGCACGGCGGGCGCCGUCGCCGUCGCCGCCUACGGCUCUUCCGCUUCCGCCGGCGCGGCCAUUAACGAUCCCCGACAACACUCGCGGACACCCCCUGGACUACGCGUAACCAACAUUGACGGCCAUUCCAGCGCCAUAGUUAUCGAGCGCGUCACCGCCGCUCACACCGGCAACUAUACUUGCCUGGCGCGCAAUUCGGUGGCCGAGGUCCUCUGGACGGCCGAGUUGAUCGUUCGUGUGCCGCCGCGCUGGGUGGUGGAACCUCAGGAUGCCCGCGCGUCCGAGGGGAUGCCUCGUUUGAGUCUGCACUGCCACGCCGACGGGUUUCCGCCACCUCUGGUCACGUGGAGACGCGGCAGCGGCAAGAAACCGGGCAAUUAUCACGACAUAGCCAGUCACGAGCACAUGCAAGAUCUAAGGAUACACUCGAAUGGUUCACUGGUAUUCGGCCGGGUGCAAGAGGAUCACGAAGGGUUUUAUCUGUGCGAGGCUGUUAAUGGCAUCGGGGCUGGCCUCAGUAAAGUCGUGUAUCUCACUGUCAACGUUCCCGCGCAUUUCGUGGAAAAGCAUCGCAAUCAGACUGCAAGAUUAGGUUCGAACGCCUCGUUGCGUUGCGAGACGAAGGGUGAUCAUCCCUUGAAGAUAGUGUGGAAGAAAGCUGGCUCGCAGUUGGAUCCCAAGCUUCCCGAUUACCGUUACACCCUGAAAGAGGACAAUACCACCGAUGGUGCAGUCAGUGUCCUCGGUUUCAUCAGCACCAGUCGCGAGGACAGCGGAAGGUACUUUUGCAUCGCGUCCAACGCUUACGGCCGCGACGAGAUGACGAUUCAUUUGUAUAUCCAAGAGCCUCCAGACUUUCCACGAAACCUUCAUGUGAUUGAAAAAGGCAGUCGUCACAUCAAUCUGGGUUGGACGACCAGCCAGGACGGAAACAGCCCGAUUACUCAGUACAUAAUUGAGUACAAAACCGAAUCGGAGGUAUGGCACGACCAUACGUUCCACACGACGGUGCCGGGCACACGUGCCCACGGCCACGUGAGUGGAUUGCGACCCGCGGUCACUUACCAGUUCCGGAUGUACGCGGACAACGAAUUGGGUCGGAGUCAAGCGAGCGACAUUUUAGAGUCGACAACAGAGGGAGAGAAGCCGGGCGGACCGCCGCGAAAUCUCAAGGUAGAUCCCAUCAGCUCGACCGAGUUCAACGUCACCUGGGAUCCGCCCGAUCAUGAUUUAUGGAACGGCGAGAUACUCGGUUAUCAUGUCGGUUACAAGGAACACAGACUGGGAGCAGAGCAGUACACGUACAAAACCGUGGAGAGACGCAUCUCGACGGCCAGCAUCGCUCUAGGUUUGGCGAGGACGUCCAUGCCCGGGCGGCAGCAUCACUUGACGAACUUGAAGAAGUUCACGCGUUACAGCGUGGUCGUUCAAGCGUUCAACGCCCUCGGUCCGGGCCCCAUGUCGCAAGAAGUUGUGGCGUCGACACUGGAGGACGUGCCGAGCAGUCCGCCGCAGGAUAUCCGUUGCACCGCGCUCUCGUCGACGUCUCUGCAAGUGUCCUGGGACUCCCCGCCUGACUCCAGCCUAAACGGGAACCUGAAGAACUACAAAGUCAUGUGGGAGAACAUGGACGCGCUGGCGGAGUCCACCAAGCCAGAGAUGAAGAUCACCACGGCGCUGACGGUGGUGAUCCACGGUCUGGAUAAGUACACGAAUUACUCGGUCCAGGUACUGGCGUCCACCAGAGCCGGCGACGGCGUCGCCUCGUCACCCCUUUAUUGCGUCACUGAAGAAGACCUGCCGGAAGUGCCGGCCGGCGUGAAGGCCGUCGCCAGCUCGGCCACGUCCAUCAUCGUCUCGUGGCAGCCACCUCUGAAGAGCAACGGUAACAUCACCGCCUACAACGUGCACAUUCGCGGACUCGGACCGGAGGGCAAGUGGCACAGAAGGGCUCUACCACCCUAUCAGACCAGCUACCAAGCCGAGGAUUUGCAUAAAAGGAGCCAGUACGAGUUCACGAUCGCAGCAGUCACCUCUGUCGGCGAGGGCCCACAGACCCCGUCCAUCACGGUCUCACCCUCAAGCGAAGUCCGCGCUGCCAUAUAUUCGUUCGGCACCGUACUGGUGGUACCGUGGAAGCAAGAUGUGACGUUACCCUGUCAAAGUGUGGGCAAACCCGAGCCCUCGGUUAUCUGGAAGCAGUGGGGUCAGAUAGUCAAGCCAUUCGCCAGGGUGUCCAUUCAUCCCGACUGGUCCUUGCAGAUCGUCGAUCUUCACAGGGAAGACAGCGGAAAUUACACUUGCUUCGUGGAGAAUCGCCACGGCUCCGAUCAAAUAACUCAUCGUUUAACCGUGCAAGUUCCACCGGCGGCGCCGUUAUUGCACGCGACUAGCACAAGCAGCAAUUCGAUCAACGUGCAGUGGAAGAACGGAGACGACGGCGGGUCACCGAUCCGCGGCUAUAUUCUGCAUUAUAAACGUGAGUCCGGUGAAUGGGAGGAGUUCAAAGUGUCGCACAAGGUGAGCAGCUUCGUCCUGUCGCGGCUCUGGUGCGGCAACGAUUAUCAGAUGUACCUGACGGCGUACAAUCGCAUCGGCAUGGGCAAGCCCAGCGAGAUUGUCAAAGCGACCACGAAGGGCUCGAAGCCGGACGACUCGCCUAGCACCGGUGAUAAAUUCGUCACGGUGAAUGUCUCGUGGAUUACCCUACAUCUCAGCAUGUGGAACGAUGGUGGGUGCCCGAUAACGUUCUUCGAGCUGGAGUAUAGAAGAAGCGGCGAGAGCAUCUGGACACUGGUCUCGAAUAAUAUAGAGGUGCAAAAGACGUACACUCUGAGCGAGCUGCAACCAGGGACCACUUAUGACAUUCGCAUAAGAGCCCACAAUAAUGCCGGCUCGUCGGUGGCUGAGUACAAGAUAACGACGUUGCAGCCGCACAUUAGCACGACCAUGUCCGUCAUCGAGAUCGAUCAUUACAUCCCGCAGCAUACCUCCGUAUACUCAGACAUGAAACUCAUCGUACCUCUGGUGCUGAGUUCGCUCGCGGUCAUCGCUGCUGCCGGCGCUGUCUUCUACUGCUUCCGCAAACGUCCGUUCAUGGGCGACAUCGGGAGCCUGCACGAUGCUCAGACCGCGGCUGCCUUGGACAAUAAGCAGAACAUGGAGCAGCGCGAGCAGUAUUACGCCACCGUGCGUAAGCCGCUACGCUCGCCGAUACACGAGAUGGCCACCCUGGAGAAAAUACCAGAAUAUUCGGAAGAUAUCUACCCGUACGCCACGUUCCAGCUGGAGGAAAGCGUUCCUGCAGGAGGCGACAGCCGCUGCAAUUCUGCCGCGCCUCUUCAGACCUUUGUCUAUCACGACCCUCGUCUCUCCACUGCCGAUACCCUUCAGUUACGAGAGUCGGAUUGCAACCGGUACACUAAGGUACGCGGAGGCCGUUCGUCCUCUGCGCCGUUGCACAAAGCGCACAAGGUCAGUCAGGGCAAGUCCGAGUCGGAGGAGUACGACACCCUGGGCUCGGACAGCGACACGGAAGUCGGGACCAGCAGCCGAACCGAGUCUUCCAAUCACCUCGUCGAUUCGCACCACUCGGCAUCUGCGGCCGACUCGCGCGUCCACAACUUCCUGUACCAUGGACCAGAAUCUAGCACGUCUACAGAACCCUCACCGAUUUUUGAGAGAAAAUCGUUUCCUGGAAGGGGAAGACCCAAGAUGUUACAGCUGGCGCGUUAUACCAGCGAGGAGGCCCGUGCCAACUUCGGGCCAAUCGCCGGGCUUGGCCAUCCCAAGCACCAGUCGGGCAAUUCCUAUGCCAAUCGGGACCAGGAGCGUGACGGAUCAGGAAACCUGUUCGUCCCCAAGCUGGACCCACCCUCGGGGUUCUCCGACGCGUUUGAGCUAAGCGAGGCCGAGUGCGACCUCGAUCGCGGUCACAGCAGCCAACGAAACGUCCGUGACUUCGUAAUCGCGGUGUAAAUACGUGUAGAAGCCUCCGAUGUGCACGCGAGAAACCCCCCCGUGAAGUAUAAGUCGUAAAGUAACGAAAACGAAAUAACAAAGCGAAGAAGAAAUAAAAGAAAAACAAAUAGUAAAAUAAGGCAAGAGAAUAAAAUCACGCGAAAAUCUGUAAGCCGCGGUCCGUCGUUCCGUUCAUUCGAAUCGGCGUCUCGGGUCCGACCGGAUCAAUCUCACAGUGAUCGAUCUGUGACACGCUCCUUUCGUCCUGCUCCUGGUCCCUGCGUCUACGAAAACCGUAUCUCCAAGCAUUCAAGACGUCUCCAUCAAGCUCGAUGAUGCCAGCUUCACAGCCAACCGCCACCACCGGCGCGCCUGAGCGGCUUCUGGGAUUCCGGUCGAAGUAUCUAGGACGUAACACGAUCGGCCGAGCGAUCGUGAUGAAUCCGCACUCGCGAGGAUUAAUCGUAAUAUCAAAGAGUUAAGUUUAACGAGAAGAACUGGAAGAGAGAGUCUAUGUCGCCGUUUGGUUCCGCUCGGUGCAGCCACGGCGCCGAUUCCGCGCGUUAAAUCUUCAUCUGGAACACGCGCCGAGCGGAGCGGGUCGAGCUAUAACGUUGUUGUCUGUUCUUUAUGUAUUGUGGCAGAUCGAUUGAGCGCGAUCGCAAACUCUCCCCGGAAGCGCAGCGUCUUGAUCCUCGAGAAAGGUCGAUCUCGCGAACUGCCACGUUUGUUUCCGCCGCGCGUAAUGAUCGUAGUUAGUUGAAAAAUAACGGGGCGCUAUCCGCAGAUCUCUUCCCCUCCGGCGGCGAUCCCCGCGCGAUUAUUCCGCCCGCCGAUGCCGAAGCGCACCACACGCUCCGCAGCACACGGUCCCUCAAUUAUAUUGCGAUAAUAACGAAAGUAUUCGCGCGACGAACGCGCACGACGACUGUGACUAAACCGAUGUGAAAUUCUAAUUAACAUAAGUUAUAACUGCCAUCGCUCCUCUUUCAACCCUAGGCGAAGCGACCGACGCGAUCGCGAGGGAUAAUUCGCGUGGCACCCCCAACGAGGGGGCGCCAUUAUAGAUAUGCAUAUCGAAGCGAGCAAUACGCGACUUUCGAGCGUUUCCUUUGUCUUCCAGCCAUUCCGACCUGAUCGAACCAAUCAUUCGUCAAUCACGCGAAUUCGCAGCGCGCGAUCAUCCAAAAAAAAAGAAAAAA